UUACAAUACAAAUACAGAACACACAGCAUAACCUCAACUCUAGAGAUAGCUAUCAACAUAUAACACAACAAUUACAGGUGAAAAGAAAUACAUAAUCUACAUUAGAAAUGGCAGAUGUUUUGGACAUAAAUGACUCUGUUGAUUUGGAUGUAGAAGACGAGGGUGAACAGGGAGUAUUAAAGUUAAAAGACAAAGUUUUGAGAAGAAAAGGACGGGGUUUUGGGGCAGGUGAAUCCAGAGAACAUGAGAAAAUUAGAGGCUAUGAAUCUGUUGAUAACGGUGAUACUGGGGAUGAAACUGGUCCACAAAAAUCUGUUGAAGGAUGGAUAUUAUUUGUAACAUCUGUACAUGAAGAAGCAUCAGAAGAAGAUUUGAAUGAAAAGUUCUCAGAAUUUGGAACCAUCAAAAAUAUUGCUUUAAAUUUAGAUAGAAGGACAGGUUUCUUAAAGGGAUAUGCAUUGGUUGAAUAUGGUACAUUUGAAGAGGCUAAUGCAGCUCGUGAAGCAUUAGAUAGGAGUGAUUUCUUAGGACAAACAAUUGGAGUUGAUUGGUGUUUUGUCAAAGGAUCAAAGAAGUCCAAGAAAAAGUCCAGACGUCACUGAUAUAAAGACAGAAUUAUUGCCUGAUAAGUUUCUUAAUAUUUGUAUUAAUUGAUUUUCUAAUUGUAUAUCUGACAAGUGUGAAAACCAAAUAAAACCUACAAGCAUGUAUGAAUGCUAUCAAUAAUUGUAA